AUGAAAAUCCCCAGCAUUGACCCGAUCGAGGCGAAUUCCCUUCACGAUUUUAUCAAGAAGUCAAUUGACACGUUCCAAUUUCACUUUUUAGGCGCCCCCGCGUCCGAGGCAGCGAGUAAGUCCUCACACAUGACCUCUACCCGGCGCAACCGUCUCACCAAGAGAAACGCUGCCAUUGUGUUAGAAAACUCCACGGUACUGCCUUUCAAGUGGCACAGACAGAACUUCCUAUGCUUCUUCUGUCACAAGACUUUUAAAGAUGCAAACCUGUUAAAAGAGCAUACCGAAGAACACAAAACUUCCAGCAUCAAAUCCGCUGUUUCGUUCCUAAGGGGAGACGAGAAAAUCAAAAUUGAUGUCACCACUCUGAAUUGCACCCUUUGCGAUGGCACUUUUUCAAGCCUAGAAGACGUAAUAGAACAUUUGACGGUUACCCACAAGAAAUCGUUCCACAAAGAAUGCGGGUUCGGACUGGUUCCGUACAAGCUCGUCAGUGAUAACUUGAGAUGCGCUAUUUGCAACGAGGAGUUCCAGUAUUUCAUAAAACUAAACCAUCAUAUGAACGAGCAUUUCGGCAGCUACGUUUGUGAGACUUGCGGCAAGUCUUUCCUCAGCCAAGAUAGACUAAGAUGUCAUUCUCUAAGACACGGAUCCAGACAUCGAUGCAAUUUCUGCUCGGAGUCCUUCGAAUCGCAAACCCAAAAGACGAAUCACGAAGCGAAAAUCCACAACAAAGUUCUCACAAUGAAAUGCAGCUACUGCCCAGAAACGUUCGCUAGUUAUUACGCUCGAAAAAUCCACCACAAAUCGGCGCAUAACGUCGCAAUGCAGGAAUAUAAGUGCCCGGUUUGCGGGAAGAUAUUUCCCAUUAUGAGUCGGAUGAAGAUUCACGUCAAACAGGUGCAUAUUAGAGAGAAGAAUUUCGCAUGUACAAUGUGCGAGCUAAGAUUCUUCUCCAGGACACAUCUGAACAAGCAUAUGAUCAAGCACGUGGGAGAAAGGAUACAUCAGUGCGAAGUGUGUUUGAAGUCUUACGCGAGGAAGCAGACGUUAAGGCAUCAUAUGACGAUACAUAGCAAAGAAAAGAAGUUCACCUGUUCUUUUUGCAGCCAAGAAUUCUCGCAGAAUCACAGUUUGGGAAGGCAUAUGAGGGUGCAUCACCCAAUUGAUACCACUUAGGAUGGACAGAGUGAAUAUGCUAUGUGUAGUUGAAGACUUUUUUCCUAAUAGUUUUUAAUUAUUAAAUAAUAUGCAUAGAUUUUAUUGCGGAAAUUGCUUAUUUUAUCAAAAAUUAUGAUUUCGGAGAAUUCGGUUAAGUCAAUAUUUAUUCAUAGAAAUAAUUUAGUUAUUAAAAAAAUCGUGUAAUAUUCAUAAAUUACUUAUGUACAAUAUGAUCCUCUUUUAGAAAUAUUA